AUGGCAAGAAAUACAGGAGAUAGAACCGAUUCACUACAGGAUGAAAACAACCCAAGAGAAAAUUCUUCAACCGCGCCCAUGCUGCCCGAGAUAACUCUCAACAACACGCCCAGCGUUCCAAUUCAGAGACACGGAUAUCAGAGAAUGACUUCAGACGACCUGAUAGAUCCUUCCCCAAGGUAUCAGUCUCCAGACAACACUCUGGACGGCGAUCUGGGUUCUCAAGGUCUCGGAAUCUUAGAUGCUCCAACGCGUUCAAGUGGCUCGAUAUCACGAAAGCCGAUCGCGACAAAAGUCAACGCCUCACCCCCAACACCUUCAAAUCCUUUUUUCCAAAAGUCUCAGACAGUAGUAACUCCUGAGAACCGAACCCCAGAAGACCGAUCUCCUGAAAGCCGAAGCCCUAAUACACCUAAUACACCUGGUAGCACCUCGUCACGAACACCUCUGUCACCACCCUGGCAGAGAUACGACGCGAAGUACGGCACAGGUAGGGAAGCACUGAAGGCUGUCACAGAAGUGGACGAGGAAUCAGUUAGCAAAGGGAAAAUGUCUUCGUCGUUCCGAGAGGAUCUACUGAACACACCAGACGAUUUCAAUGGUCCUCAGAGCUUCCAAAAAGUGCCAGGACAUGAUGAUAAUGACAUCGAUGAUGAAAACAUUAGACUUCUAGACGGUUGCCCUUCGAAUCACAACAUCCACAGACACCGAACAAGUUGGAUUUCGAUCUCUAUACUUUUCCUAUCCAUAUACUCGACGGUCUUCUCUGGUAUAUAUCUGGUACUUGCACUUGUCGCGCCUCGAUAUGGCCGCAAGAUCAGCUCCAAAGGUGAAGAUGCUAUCAAUCCAUCGACUGCAUCAACGCUUUUCGCACUAUUCGCCAAGACCAUCGAAUUGUCCUUUGUAUCGGUAUUUGUCGCCUUCCUUGGACAAGUCUUAAGCAGAAGGUCGCUGAUGAAAACGGAACGAGGUGUUUCAAUCGCUGAAAUGACAAUGAGGAAUUGGGUGAUUCAACCAGGAUCGAUGAUCACGCAUUGGCAAAACGUACGCUACGCUGGGCUUUCGAUUUUGGGUGUUAUUACACUCACAGCUGCGUUGGUUGCAAUGCUAUAUACUACUGCUUCCGAUGCCUUGGUCUCCCCAAACUUGAAAUUUGGACGCACGGUGUCUAGAGAGAUGGUAGGGAUGGUGAAGAUGAGUUACGCAAAUGUUGAACAAAUAGGAAUGGAUUGUCAAACCCCAAUUAACGCCGCUACCGACGAGUAUAGUGGUAGCACUUGCUUGCAGAUACAGCACGCAGGUCAAGCAUAUCAUAAUGCUAUUGCUUUCUUGGGAACCUGGGCGGCAUUAAAGCGAACCGGCGGUACAUCUUCAAGCAUUUCGGAACGACCUCCAGUGCCGGCUAUGAUGUAUGACAAUACCACCGUAACUGGAAGCUGGGUUCAAACGGAUUACAGUAAUAUCACAGUUGCUUAUUCCAAGUUCGGUCGAGUUGUCAACAAUGUCACAUUAUCAAUGCCUCAUGCUGGUGUAUUCGCUGCUGCACGUCACGAGGACAAUGAGAUCUUGCAACCCGACGAGCUUGGCGGAACGGGUCAAUACGUGAUGCGAGCCUCUGUGGUCAGUCCUUCGGUAAACGUUCUGUGUGCCAAUGCCAUGGAGUCGGAGCUUGAACCCAUCAUUUGGGCAGCAUUCCCGAGUUCGAAUAUGACAAACUCGACCAAGUUGGCAUACAACGUGACACCGCCGGUCGACUGGAAAGAUAGAGCCAGAUGGGCCGUAGAUAAACCAUUUGGUAACGCGACAGCGCUAGAUGAUGUCUUCGAAUGGGGCGAGAAAUAUGGUCGUCAAAAGCCUAUUUUUCCAAUGUAUCCAGCCGAGUACAACUCGAUUACCAAUGCUUCUUGGGGAUCGUAUGGUCGAGAUGCCUAUCUUCUGAUCAAAGCCCCGGAAAAGACUACAUCAAAUUACACACUGUGUCAGCUACGUUCAUACUUGUCGCCCGACUGCAGCACAGUGUAUAACGUCACUGGAAGUACUGCUGGCCAUCUACACAGUAAUUGCGAAGAUCCCACAGACAAAUAUUCGUACAUCAAGUCGGUGCCUGACGCUGUUGCUGCUCCGAAGCUAGACUGGACUAACGUUGCAGACGAGUGGUUGUUAUCGUUGACUUUAAACAAUGGUAUUGACACUGCCAAUGCAUCAAAUGCGCGUCUACUUAGUCAACUAGUAGUAGCAGAGCCCCCAUGGGGUUCUGUUAAGCUCAGUCCAGUGCAACCAAGCAUUGCGGAACAAAUGGCAGCCUUAGCUGGGAACACCCUUCUUGUUUCCUCGAUGAACGCUCAGUAUGUGCACUACUGGGAUUAUGAACUGACGGCAUUGGAAGAGGCGGUUCCUCAGAGAUUUAACGCCUCCAUCAAAUCCCAACAAUACGCGUCUGGAUUCAGUCAAAACUGGGAAGCCAGUUUCUACAUCGUCCUUUUCUUGGUUUUCGCCACGAACGUUUUCUGUCUGAUAUACUUUUUCGUAUACUCGGGACUGGUCACGGAUUUCACGGAGGGCGCAAACCUUUUCGCACUUGCUAUAAACAGUCCUCACGCGAAGAGACUUGCUGGAAGCUGUGGUGCAGGGCCAAAGAGGGAACAAAUGAUCAUCAACUGGCAUGUUCGUGAGUCGGCUGGACACUUUUACUGGAGGGAUGGAGGUGGAGGAAUCACACCGCAAGAGUUUGACGUCAAGCAGCAAGAGCGGCGGACUUUGAAGUCUCAAACUAGUUAUAAUAUGCUCAGCAAUCGGAGGAAGAGCUGGCUAUAA